AAAAAUGUUAUUUAUGGCUUUGUUUGUCCUGUGAAGUACCAAAGACGAGACCAAAACUUUCCAACGUCUUGGGAACAAAAACUAAAAAAACAUUGUAAUGAAUCAAGUGAAACAAUUUCAUGGUUACACACUAAGAAAUAACAUAGACAACACCAAAAUCCUCAUUGAAAAACUACUUCAAAUCCCAAACCUAAACUAUGCACAAGUACUGUUACACCAUUCUCAAAAACCAACCACUUUCCUCUACAACAAACUCAUUCAAGCAUGUUCCUCAAAACAUCAAUGUUUCACCCUUUACUCCCAAAUGUACCUUCAUGGUCACUCACCAAAUCAAUACACUUUCAACUUCCUUUUCACUACAUGUACCUCACUUUCCUCACUUUCCCUUGGCCAAAUGAUCCAUACCCAGUUCAUGAAAUCUGGUUUUAAACAUGAUGUAUUUGCUUCAACUGCUUUGCUUGAUAUGUAUGCCAAAUUGGGUUGUUUGAAAUUUGCACGCAAUGUGUUUGAUGAAAUGUCUGUGAAAGAGUUGGCUACGUGGAAUGCGAUGAUGGCGGGGUGUACAAGGUUUGGUGAUAUGGAAAGAGCGUUGGAGUUGUUUUGGUUGAUGCCUUCGAGGAAUGUGGUGUCAUGGACUACUAUGGUAUCAGGUUACUUACAGAAUAAGCAGUAUGAGAAGGCUUUGGGAUUGUUUAUGAGGAUGGAAAGGGAGAAAGAUGUGAGUCCGAAUGAAGUUACGUUGGCGAGUGUUUUGCCGGCUUGUGCGAAUCUUGGAGCACUUGAGAUUGGGCAGAGGGUUGAAGUAUAUGCGAGGAAAAAUGGGUUUUUUAAGAAUUUGUUUGUAUGCAAUGCUGUGUUGGAGAUGUAUGCAAAAUGUGGGAAGAUUGAUGUUGCUUGGAAGGUGUUUGAUGAGAUCGGUAGAUUCAGAAAUCUGUGCUCUUGGAAUUCGAUGAUCAUGGGUUUAGCUGUUCAUGGACAAUGUCACAAGGCCAUUCAGCUUUAUGAUCAAAUGUUGCGAGAAGGAACUUUGCCUGAUGACGUGACAUUCGUGGGGCUUCUCUUGGCAUGCACACAUGGAGGCAUGGUUGAAAAAGGCAAACAUGUAUUCCAGUCAAUGACAAGAGACUUCAACAUUAUUCCCAAACUAGAACAUUAUGGCUGCAUGGUUGAUCUACUUGGUCGUGCCGGGCGAUUAACAGAAGCUUACGAGGUCAUAAAAAGAAUGCCAAUGAAGCCAGACUCGGUAAUAUGGGGUACUUUGUUGGGGGCUUGCAGUUUCCAUGGUAAUGUUGAAUUGGCUGAGGUAGCAGCUGAGUCUUUAUUUGUACUUGAGCCUUGGAAUCCAGGAAAUUACGUCAUUCUUUCGAACAUUUAUGCAUCCGCUGGGAAAUGGGACGGAGUUGCAAAGCUCAGAAAGGUGAUGAAGGGAAGCAAAAUUACAAAGACAGCUGGACAGAGCUUCAUUGAAGAGGGAGGUCAACUGCAUAAGUUCAUUGUGGAGGAUAGAUCACAUUCAGAAAGUAGCGAAAUUUUUGCUUUGCUAAAUGGAGUUUAUGAAAUGAUAAAGUUUGAUAAAAAUGAAUAUGAAUGGCAUUUGGAUUUUGAUUUGAACAAAUAGUCAUAGGGAGUAGGAUUCAUGGUUGAUGCACUAAAAUGAAACCAUGAAGUUUUCUACAAACCCCAUUUUUGCCAAGCAAAUGAGUUGGCUUAAUCAGUUUAUAAUACUCACAAAUGUAAAUGAAAAAUAUUAGAAUAUCCAUCAUUGUGCCGUCAUAGCAGAGUCAUGGAUUUUAUUCUUUAAAAGAGCUCAAGGCCUGCCUUGAAAGAUAACCAUCUUUUGGAUAUAAUGAAAUUGUUCAAUAUUGCUACCAAC